GUAGGACUGUGCUUUGGGGUGUUGAUUGAUGCAAUCUACUCCAAAAAUGUUUAGACAGUCUUCGAGAAGAAAAACAAACACAAUUUUAUCAGCUUUUUAUUCAAAUGCUGUUUUUUUUUUUUUUUUUUUUAUUAUACUUACCCACUUAGCCACAAUCAGUAGUUGAAAAAAAAUAAUCCAUGAAGCUGUAAUAAGCUCUGUUCUUUCUUUUGAUAUAUUACAUGUUCAGAUAUUCAUACAACAACGUAUUUUGGGUGCAAUGAAAGUUUUGAGAAAAUGAUGAAAAAUGCUGGCUCUAAUUAUUUGUUGGAAAAGUUUGGAAAGCACUAGAUGCAGAAUUAUGCUAAAUUUAUGUAUGUUUUACAUAUAGGCUAAAAUGUUUCCAGUGAAAUCAAACCUCAGAGGACUUUGCAGCACUUAUGCCACAGCAGGCCUCCUGAGUCAUGUUAGAUACCAUAAAAACACUAGCACACACUGGUGACUCCACAGUCUCACUGAAUCAGAACACAAAUAGAGCUCAUUACCUGAAGAUGCAAUGAUGGUCAUUUCAGAGUAUAUAACAGAGGGUAUUUCUAAAAAAAAAAAAAAAAAAAUCUUAGACUGGUCAAUGAAAGUAUUUCUUGUGAAAGGAAAAUGGAGAAUGGAACAUACUUUUACUUCAUGUUGUUUGAAAAUCUUGGGAGCAUAAAAUAUGCUUUUUUCACUUUGGGGUUUAUUUUUUACUGUGCUGUCAUAUGCUUUAAUGUCAUUAUUAUUCUUGUAAUAUUUCUGGAAAAGACAUUGCACCAGCCCAUGUACAUUCUGAUUUCAUGCUUGUCCAUCAACUCUGUAUAUGGUACAGCUGGCUUUUUCCCAAGGUUACUGACAGACCUGCUCUAUGAUACACACAAAAUCUCAUUUGAAGCAUGUAUCAUACAGACUUUUGUCAUUUACUCAUAUGCAUCUUUUGAGCUUACAAUAUUAAUGCUAAUGGCAUUUGAUAGGUUUGUUGCAAUCAGCAAACCUUUGCAUUACAACAACAUAAUUACCACACGGUUACUAGCUUUUUUAAUAGUUAUAGCAUGGCUUUAUCCAACCACUUUCAAUGGUAUUGGUUGUCUUUUGACUAGCAGGCUGACAAUCUGUGGUAACAAAAUGUUAAGGGUGUACUGCCACAACUAUGAAAUUGUCAAACUCUCAUGUGUAAACAAUACUGUUAAUAAUAUUUAUGGCCUGAUUGUAUUGAUCACUACCAUUUUUAUCCCUUUGAGUUUUAUAAUAUAUACCUAUGUCAGAAUUAUUAUCAUUUGUCAAAGAAGCACACGAGAGUUCAGGAGCAAAGCAUAUCAAACUUGUAUUCCACACAUAAUAAUCCUUUUAAAUUUCUCAGUUGCUGUUUUUUGUGAGCUCACUUUGAGUCGAUUUGUGAAUGGGGAACUUCCUAUAGCACUGAAUGUUGUCAUUUCACUUGAAUUUAUUGUUGUACCACCCAUUGUAAACCCUAUUGUUUAUGGUCUAAACUUUCCUGAUAUCCGCAAAAAAAUUAGACAUCUUAUAAAAGCCUCCAAAUAACCUGCUUUGUUUCUGUUGUAAUAGUGUUACACAGAAAACCAAGUUUGAAUAAAUGUAAAGAUAUUUGUUCAAUUGCGCAAUCACUCACCUUUUAGUUUUUAAAGGUAUAUGCACUAAAUGUGAUAGUUUUCACCUCUCUGAAUUCUAUACCCGUUUUCAUUAAAUUAUCUCCUCAGUAAAUUUUUUUUUUUUUUUUGUGGAAAAAAAUUAUAUAAGGGUUUUGGUAAAACAAUCACAGAUUAACUUUCUUAAUUGAAAUAAUGAAGGGGCCAUUCAUAUCUUACCAGCUCAGAUUAAUAACUAUAGAAUAUAGCUUCUAUGAAAUCAUUUAAAAAUGAUAUUAGUGUCAGUAAUUCUUUACAAUUGUGUUAUUUAGAUUUUUUUAUUUUUUUUAUUUUUAUACACACACACACACACACACUGCAUGUGAACCAUAAUAUUGUCGGACUGAAUGUUAUUUUAUGUUAUUUAUAAAAAUAAAAGUGAUUCCAUGUAAGAAUACUAACACUAUUAUUUUCAAACCAGCUUGCAAUGAGUAAACUAGACAAAUUCCAGAAAACAGUCUUAGAUUUUGCUGAUUAUUGAUGGUCUUUAUUAUGUAAAACCAUAAACAAAUGAAGAAAAGAAAAAGAGUUAGUUGUUUAAUGAAAUAUAUGUUUUAAUUUACUGUCAAAGUGUAACACAGAUUGUUAAAAUUUGCACCUUUCUAAACCGAGAAAAAAAGCAUUUUAAUGAAAUAUCUAAUUUGUUUUAAUUUGAGAUAAAUAUUUUUAAAAUAAUAGUGCAUAAUAACAUGACAAUAAAAACAGUUUGUCAAAUAAUGUGUUACAAAAUAAAAUGAGGUGGGAGCCUGUUGUCUGCACCUCGUGGUCCGGGUUCUGCUACUGAGAAGAACGGUGACUCAGAUGUUGGCGCUCGCAGAUAGAGAUGGGCGUUGCCCUUUCUCUUGCUCUUUCUAUUGACUCCAAGCGCAUUCUUGAUUUUAAAGCUAUGAUUUAUUCCAAUCCAGAAGUGAACCUGCUUAUUAUGUCUCCAAUUUAUUCUUAGAAUUAGGGGUGUAAUGGUACACAAAACUCACGGUUAGGGACAUACCUCGAUUUUUAUAGUCAUGGUUCGGUACUGUUUUCGGUACAGCAGUUGGGGAGAAAACUAAACAUAAAAUAGUUUUUUUUUUUUUUUAUUAAACAGUGGUUUACUGAACAAAUUGUGGUUUUGUCUUUAAAUUUAGUUAUAAUUUAUUUUAAUAUAAGUUUCUUAAGGAUAAAAAAAUUAUCUCUGCUAAUGCUACAAACUAUGUAGGGAGCCCUUACUUGAACAUUAUGCUGCUAUAAUAUUAAAGGUUAACAACUGAGCCCAAAAUAUUAGCCUAAAUUCAAUCGCUAUUUAAUUUUAGAUAAAAUAAUCAACACUCAAAUAACAAAUUGUAGGCCUAUAUGCAAACAUGUAAGCUACACCUAAGGCAGUUUUUGCAUUAACUUCUAAAUGUUAAUGAAACAGUUGAAACAGCAGAGAAUUCAAAUAUCACAAAAGUGCUGUUCAUUCAGCUCUGCGUUCAAACACGCAAGCCACAUGCAUGUUUCCCCCAGCACAGCAAGCACAUGAGUGUUGUUUGUAUUUUGCCCGCGAUGCAUCAGAACUGGAGUUUGAAUACGAACAUAUCAAAAAUAUAAUUGUUAUGAUAUACACGCGGAGCACGCAUAUGAUCGGUUUCAGCGUGGAGCUCCAUGAUGAGUUUAACAACACUAGCCAUGUGGAUCAUAGCUCAUAUUCAGAAUAAAGUAUCUGUGUCUAAAGUUUUUUUAUAGACAUAUAAAAAGGCUACUCUCUGAGAAAACAAAGGAAAUUAACAUUUGAACUCUCUCUUGCAAAUUAGCAUCCCCAUCCGAAACAAAAUCAGCAUUUAUCUCAUUCCCUUCACCCAUUCCUGAAAUUCACCCAAAAUCUAUUUUCCAGAUGUCAAGUACAUCUUUUACUGUUUCUGAGCAUUUGAUAUUUUGUAUCGAUUGUCUUUGAAUUAUGUAAUUGGCAUGAUACAUUUA